GAUAAAUCUUGCGAAUUUUAUGCUUACCUUCGGCUCCACUAUAUCGAAUCGUCAUUUGUCAUGAUGCUGCCACAAGUUACUCUUUCGCGGAUAUGCCUUCAGUGCCGAAUGCACAUAUUUUCGAACGGUUUCCGUUUGAUGUCAAUUCCCCGUCACGUCCGGACGUGUUUGCCAAAUUCGACAUCGGAUCUGUGGGGUGAGAAAUCGAUGGUGAGAUACAGAAAAUUUUCGACUGAAAAUGCGACCCCCGAGAACAGUAAACAAGAUCCGCUUCAGGGAGAGGCUGCGCCGUCCGAAUCUGAGUUUCCUACUCUAGAAAGUGCUGCUCUAUCGGGAGCUGUCUUUACGUCGGAACCUACUGCUCCCGAAGCCACUACCGAGCAAACUGCUUCCGCAUCCGAAACUUCUCCUAAGGAAGUCACUUCUACCUUAGGGACUGCCUCUACUCUGGAAACCUCUCCUUCGCCGGAACCUGCCUCCACAGAAUGCUCCUCUAUGUGUGCAACUGCCUCAACGCCGGGGGCCGCUCCACCUACAGAAUCUCCGCCGUUGAAUGGGACACGAUUGGAUGAGACAUCGUCGAAUGAAGCCCCAUCGACUAGAAUACCUUCUACAAUUUCAAACGCUAGCGAUUUCCUAGCCACCCGGCGUUUCGUAGAUGAAGAUGCGGAGAAGCCCCCCCGGCCUCCUAUUGAUAUCAAAGCAAGGGAGAAAGAAGUCCUAAAAACCUAUCGAAUUUUGCUGAGAGAUACCAAAGCUGAGGUCGAGCUUGACGAAGUCAUGAAAGUAGCAACCACUGAACCCUCACCUCCACCACCGGGAUGUGACGGAAACUGGGGAAGGAGGCCAUCCGAGCUCGUUCCACCCCAUCUCCUAGACGCAGAAAUGAAGUGUGAUUUUCCCCCUCCCUGGCACCAAAGGAACAUAUAACUUACAGUCCACAACAGUCAAAUUUCCCGCAGCCACUCACCGGGUAGCAAAUAUAGAUGGGCAGCUCAUGGGUGAGGAGGUUGUGCUUCAUGGAUACUUCGGCCCCGUGCGAAAGGCUGGGAAAUUUCUCUAUUUUUCUUUCUUCCACGACUAUUCCUCCGACCCCCCACGUCCACUUAAGGUGGUUUCUGUCAUUGAUUCUCUAUCGCCUCAAAUUACCAAAGCUGCCCAUCAAACACUUGGGUCCCUCCAUCGGUUUACACCUGUGGCCCUCCGAGCAAUAGUAUACAAGUGUGCGCCUCCAAAGUCCCCAGAAAAAAGGAAAUCCGAUGAAGAAGUCGAGCUCCGAGUCAAAGAGAUUAUCCCUCUCAAUUCGGUGUCAGAAAACUUGAUUUAUACCGCAAAGACAAUUUUUCCACCGGAGAAACGUCACCUACAACUCAGGACUACUAAAGAGCUAUGUAUAGCCUUGCGCCUUCGCUCACGUACGGCGUCUGAAUGCCGCAAGUUUCUUGAAGAGAAUGAUUUUCUUGAAGUCGAGACACCGUUGUUGUUUAAAUCUACCCCUGAGGGUGCCCGAGAAUUCCUUGUACCUACAAGGAAGGGAGACGGCACAUGUUACGCUUUACCUCAGUCACCUCAGCAAUACAAGCAAAUUUUGAUGGCUAGCGGUGUUCCUCGUUAUUACCAGCUUGCUAAGUGUUUCAGGGACGAAGACUUGAGAGCAGACCGACAACCAGAAUUUACACAACUUGACCUAGAAAUGUCAUUUGCCACAUCAGACGACGUGAUGGAUUUGGUUGAGGGAUUGGUAAUAAGAAUAUGGAAAAAUGUCUUAGAUGUUUGUGUUGGUCCUGGAUUCAAACGAGUACCAUACUGGUGGGCGAUGAAGAAUUACGGCACAGAUAAACCUGACUUUAGAUAUCCGAAUCAUAGAAUUAAAAACCUCCAUGAGGUUCUUCCAUACCUAGCUAAGGGAGACAGAUUUGUGGAAGGGUUUGCAUUUUACGGAAAUACACCCAACUACAACAUGGACCAUGCUAUAGAGUUUCUAGAAAAGUUCAAGAGAGAAAAUCUGAGCACAAGAGACGAUAACUACGUUGCCUAUAUCGCUGGUGCUGGAAACGAAACUCAAGCCUACAUCGAAGGCGGGAUGGAAUUGUGGCGCGAUGCAGAUUUAGCAAAUAUCCACGGGGCGCUGUGGGUACAUCGACCCGGCGCAAUAGUUGUGAUUAAAGAACGUCGUGGCUACUACUCCGGUGGGAAUACUAAACUCGGUCUUCUAAGAAGUGCGCUUCUAAACAAAGCCAUUGAACAAAAGUUCAUAUCGAGCCGAAGUGACUAUGCAUUUGUUUGGGUUAUCGACUUCCCCCUCUUCUCUCCAACUAGCGCCGACGAUCCCGGUCAAUCCGGAAGAGCCCCCUUCUCAUCAACCCACCAUCCCUUCACGGCCCCUAUCGCAGAAGACAUCCAGCUCCUGGGAUCAUCGCCACAUCGUGUGCGCGCCGAGCACUACGACUUAGUUGUCAAUGGAACAGAACUCGGCGGGGGCAGCAGGCGCAUCCACGAGGCAGCACUGCAGAAAUAUAUACUGGAGAAAGUGCUCAAGAUGCCCCGGGAAAAGCUGCAGCAAUUCGAUCACUUACUGGAGGUCCUCGACAGUGGGUGCCCCCCGCAUGCGGGUAUCGCUUUGGGCUUCGAUAGGUUGAUUGCGGUGAUGAUGGGCCGCGAUAGCAUUCGGGAUGUCAUUGCGUUCCCGAAGAACUCUAAGGGUGCGGACGUAAUGGUUGGGUCACCCAGCGUGGUUCCGGAUAAGGAGUUACAGGCAUAUGGGCUUCGAAGGAGCUAA